AGCAAUGAAACAUCUAUCCAAACAUUGACUAUGGGAACAAACUACAAUGCUAUGUUCUUAGAUCAGGUACUUCCUCACUCUUUGACCUCCCUAACUUUUGGUGAUCAAUUCAAUCAGGAUAUAUUGGUUGGUUCGAUACCAAUUACUCUCAAGACACUUGUAUCUGGUGAAAAGUACAAUAGGAUGUUGAUCACUGGUGCACUGCCUCCUGCCCUAACAACUCUUACAUUUGGACAGAGGUUUAAAUGUCCAUUGAUACCAAGAGCCAUGCCAAUUUCAUUAUUGUCACUUACAUUUGGUCAACAUUUCAAUCAAACUUUGGAGCCGGAAUCACUUCCAUCAGCAUUAACAUCACUAGUGUUUGGUGAUAGAUUCAAUCAACCGUUAGAAAGUGAUUGUAUUCCAAAGUCCCUUACUACCCUUACCUUUGGAAUGGACUUUAAUCGCUGUAUUAGACCAAAUUCACUUCCGACCACUCUACAACAUAUCAACUUUGGAAGAUGUUAUGAUAGACCAUUCGAAUCACAACUUCCAUCUUCUCUAAGGACCCUUUCACUUGGUCUACAUUUCAAUCAACUGAUAACAAAGAAGGAUAUGGCACAUCUAUCAACAUUGGAGACACUAUCAUUUGGUAGCUACUUCAAAAUGACCAACCUGAAGGAGUGUCCUGCCAACUUAAAGUCGCUCAGUCUAUGGGGAUUCAAUCAAUGUCUGGAAAUACCGUCAAAUCUCCUAGAGGGCCUGGAACUUGUUCAAGUGCAUCAUAGUGUCGAUUCCAUCAUUAGUGUACGGCCAAUGGAUAUCAACCUUUCAGGCAAGCUAGAGGUGAUCCUACAUGAUUGUAAUGAAAAGUCAUUAACAGAUGUUGAGAAUUGGUACAGACGUCUAUUGAUACUCUAUCCAAACAUUAACGUUUUUGAUAUCAAACUUGAUCGAACCAAUCAUCUCUACAGUCUACACGGUCGUAGAUUAUCAAACAAUAUCUCUUUAAUCCAUGUUAACUAUUCUUGUACAAGUACCUGUAUGGUGAAACACAACAACAAAAUCGACUUUGUUUCAAAUGACUUCAAUAAA